AUGGAUGUUCCCUGCAAGUUGAGAGGAAAGAUCCCGAAGCCCGGGGAGAAGUCGCUGCAAAAGUCAGAAAGCGAGAGCAACUGCAGCACCAGCAGCAACAGCAGCGGCAGCAGCGGCAGCAGCUUCGAAAUCUGGCCCCCAAAGAUGCGCAAGAAGCGGCCUCGACAGAACGGCGGCGAGGCCAUGUACGAGCGCGACGACCUGGACGAGGAGCCCCGGCCUGCGACCGCCGUCCUCGAGGAGCCUUUGGUGCUCGAUCCCCGAUUCAUCGACAAACUCGACAUGUCGCUCCUCAGCAAAGAAUCGCUGAGCGCGUCGCUGAUUCGCGUGAGUCUCGACACGUCGGUCUCGUUCAUCGAUAAUCCCAGGGGUAAAGCCUGCACCGAGGUCGUGGCCUGCACCGCACUGGUGGGCAGGAGGAGGAUCGGACACGUAGAGGCCGACGACGACGACAGCACGACGGCCGGCAGUCAGUCAUUACCGGUGGUGGGCUGCAAGUCACGCUCGAAGAUCGCGUGUUACUCGCCAACUCGACUGUUCGCAGCGUGCGGUGGACGCAAGCCGCCAGACGCGCCGGUCCCGGGUAGGUUCGACGACGCCGGUCACGAGGCCAAAAAACUCGACGACAACAACAACAGCAACAGAACAAAGCACCAGCUGUCGCCCCUGCGCUCCGAGCCGUCCCGCAGCGCUGCAGCCAGCACGAGUGACGCGUCCGUGUUCACUUCGAUCGCCUCGGCGCGAAAAAAGCUCCUGGCUCUGUCGGACAGCACCGCCGGAGCGGCUGCUUGCCGAGCCUGCGUCCGAGCCGUCCAACCCGAGCGCUUCCACAGCCACCCCACUCCCCUACAGUCGCCCAACGGGGAGCCGUCGCUACCGACGCCGCUCGCCCAACUCAGCCGGUCCAACGUAUCGAUCAUCCCUGUGAGGACCAACUCCCGCAAGCCCAACGAUCCACACCAGUUGGCCAAGAUCGUGGAGAAGAAGAGGGCCAGCCCGCAGUCGAGCAACGCCCCGACGCCCAGGUCGAAGCAGAUCGCCAGCGAGGCCGUUUCUACAGCAGCGACGACCAUGCCGAAGGCGCUGAGCAGAGAAAACUCGGAAAAAGCUGGGGCAACAAGUCCAAAGUCAGGCGACGAAAGAUCAGUCGUGCCGGUCGCUACGACCAAGCGUAGACCGCGCACUGUCACCUGCUACGUUUGCGGCCGAGAAUUCGGCUCCAUGAGCUUUCCCAUCCACGAACCAAAAUGUUUAGAGAGAUGGCAUCGCGAAAAUAAAGCACUACCAGCCUCGCAGCGUCGCAGUGUUCCGCAACGUCCAAGUGUGCCCAUCGAUUCUGAAGAAUGGAAUACCGCUGCCUGGGAACAGAGUCAGGCUCUGCUGAUUCCAUGUUCAAAAUGCAAACGAACUUUCUUGCCCGAUCGAUUGGCUAUUCACGAAAGAAACUGCCGAAUCCCGAACAAGGUAUUUUACAGGAAUUUAUAAACAGAGACUGAUCUGGCACUCGCUGUUUUUUUGACUUUUUCCUUUUUUUUUCUCAAACUUAUCGAAACCAAAAUAC